AUGUCUCCAAGCCAGAUCUUCAGGAGACAGUCCCAGUCUGACGACCUUGGUUCACAGCAGAAGGCUCCUCGUUCAUCGCCCCCUUCUCCCAAGGCAGAGCUUAAGUCCCGGCCCCGCGAGCCACAUCCCAUUCCCAGUAACAAUCCGGCUAGCCAAUAUACCCUUCUCGAGAAAUUAGGCACCGGGAGCUUUGGGACUGUUUACAAGGCCAUACACAACGAUACCAAGCAGAUUGUUGCAGUCAAACAGAUUGACCUCGAAGAUUCCGACGACGAUAUAUCAGAAAUCCAGCAGGAGAUUGCGAGUCUUGCACAAUGCGAUUCGGAAUACGUCACACGGUACUAUGGAUCCUUUGUCGUGAAUUAUAAGCUAUGGAUCAUUAUGGAGUACUUGGCUGGAGGGUCUUGUUUGGAUCUGCUCAAACCAGGCGUUUUCUCGGAAGCUCAUAUUGCCGUGGUCUGUCGCGAGCUUCUUUUGGGCCUGGAUUACCUCCAUACCGAGGGAACUAUACAUCGAGAUAUCAAGGCGGCAAACGUUCUUCUUUCUUCCUCUGGCAAAGUCAAGCUAGCUGAUUUCGGCGUGGCUGCUCAACUUACCAAUACUCUUCGCCAUACAUUCGUGGGAACACCAUUCUGGAUGGCCCCCGAAGUAAUCAGACAGGCAGGCUACGAUGCCAAAGCAGACAUGUGGAGUUUGGGGAUUACCGCCAUCGAAAUGGCGAAGGGGGAACCUCCUCUUGCCGAAUACCAUCCCAUGCGUGUGUUAUUUUUGAUACCCAAGGCUAAACCCCCAGUUUUGGAGGGCCCGUUUUCUGCAACUUUCAAAGAUUUUGUUGCCCAGUGUCUGACCAAGGAUCCCAAACUACGUCCCAGCGCCAAUGAAUUGCUUCAGCAUCGCUUUAUCCGAACAGCCAAAAAAACUUCAUAUUUGACUGAACUUAUCGAGCGUUAUCAGGAUUUCCGUGCACGUUCCCCAGCCAAAAAUCAAGUCAAUCACACUUCGUUCAGAGCCAACCCAACCUGGAAUGCCAACGAUACCAUGAGGAGUGACUGGAAUUUUGAUACAGUCAAGACAAUGUCGGCUCUUGGCACGUUUCGUGGUACAAUUAAUGACUUGUCCAUGCCCCCAGGAAUGGUGGCUGAAGAUGACGAUGAGUCUCUUUACGACGCCGAUGGUCAAGAAUCGAUUGAUACUGGUGCCGCAACUAAAGGCAGCGACCCUGUGAUAUCGAAUUCUCUGGGUAUGAACCCUGACGCUGCACAUUCGACAGUCAUAAUCAAGACCCCUCUGUCACAAGAAGUCCCUCAGACUGAAGAAGGGCCACCAGGUGCACCCCCUGCAUAUACCGGUUCUGUACGGUCGACCCGUCGUGCUUCCUACGCAGCUCGUACUUCCCUUGAUGGUGCAGGGACUGUUUUAAGUGCCGCUGAUUUGGGAACCGGAGUUGACACAAUACGACCUGUCAAAAAGGUAGAUGGCCUGGGAUCCCUACGUUUGUCAUCAGAAUUUGUUGGGAAUAUGCGGAAAGAUGGAAGUAAUUCUUCACCACGCUCUCCAACUAUUCCUUCGCAUAAGCGAAACGCAAGCGAGGUUGCUAAUGCAGGUCGGUCUCUAAUUGAUGAGGUUGUUCUCCCUAUCUUGAGCCAAAAAAUCCACGAUGACAUGGAUGCGAGAGAGAUCGAAUCUCUCAGCAUGCUGCAAAGAGGAUUUGCUGAACUUAAGGAUGCCAACCCCGAGCUCGCAUAUAAUGUUAUUAUCGACAUUUUGCAGGGAAUCAAUGAAAAUUCUGCAAUCAAGCAGCAUGUGCAAACCUCACGGGGACUGUUCCCCCACAAACGAAUUAUUCGUAAGAGCGAGAUGACAGCGAAGGGGCUUGUAGUGACGGAGGAAACAGAAGAAAUUUCUGGUCUUCCCUCAACGUCAAGUCCCACUGCGUCUGUCUCUCAGUCAACAUCAACGAGUAUACUUCCAGAUUCACCGUCAAGAAAGUCGCCUAUUGCAGAACUGCUCUAUAUGCGUUGGCUCGAAGGCUUGAAACUCAAGUGGCCAAACAUCCUUUCUUCCUAA